GGGGGCAACAACGGUAGCUAACUAGCCGUACACCGGUAGACAGUGUCCUUCGACACCAGCGAUGUUUUCAUGCAGUUCUGUUAACGGCGAGGGCAGGUGUUGGGCAAGCGGGAGCAAAGGACACUGUUUACCGGUGUCGCCCCCCCUCCUCCUAGGAAUGCUCCAAAUUGCGGGCGACAAUCAGUAGUUUUUAGGUUCCUUUUGGGUCUGGUUUGACACACUCGAAUGACAUGGGCGGAGGAAAGAAAAUAUUGAAUGUGAUGCGUUGCCUGUCCAGAUUAGAGUGGGGGCAGAUAGAAUGGUGUUGAAAAUGAUAUAUAUAUAUAGCGCUGGAAAGGUCAUCACUGGAUUACGGAAGUGUAGCAUAUGGAUCAGCAUCUCAGACAGCUUUUUUUUUUUAAAGCUAGAUGUAAUCCAGGCCCAAACCCUAAGAAUAUGUUGUGGAGCAGUCAGGACCUCCCCGGUGGCAGCGAUGCAGGUAGAGUUGGGAGAGAUGCCGUUAUAGUUAAGAAGACAACAGCUAACCAUCACAUAUAGGGGAGAUGAGAAUAAUGGGUAGGAUUUACAUCUUCCGGUCUCUGGUUAACACUCCAGUCCAGCUGGUGGCGGUAAUGCACCUUAAAAAAUCCAAUGAAGAAGAAGAAAACGAAAGUAGUUAUUUCUCAGGACAUCCAAAGCUCUGGGAGAAAAAUCUAUAGUUUGAUGUUGAAUCCUUGGGCAGUAAAGCACGGCAUGGGUUGGAAAUUCUUCUACUGUGUUUUGACAUUGAUGGUUGGCCUUCUUGAAUGCCCCUCGAUURGUAAUGGUAUCAUUCUUAAAACUGUGAAUUUGAAGGACAAUGUCACUCUCCCUUGCAAUGCAACCUGUGACAUUGGCAUCGUUUGGAGGAUUGUGGAUGGCCAGGUCGUUGCCAAGAUUGACCAAGGAAAAUUUACUGAAGGAAAGACCUUUGAGAAGAGGGUGGAAAUCAACAAAGACCUCUCUCUCACAAUAUUCUCUGUGGUGUACAAUGACAAGGGCUCAUAUGAGUGUAUCUGUCGAUUGCAUACUGUUGCAGAUGUAACGCUAGAUGUUCUGGUCCCGACAGAAAUAUCAGCUCACGUCGGAGAUAAUGUCACACUUCACUGCUAUGGCUCGACCAAUAAGCAGGCGACCGAUGGUGAGAAGCAUGUCCAGUGGGAGAAAGAUGGACAGACUGUCCUGAAGAUUGACCUGAUCAAUACUACCUAUGGCCCUGGAUUCAUGAACAGGACAUCAGUGACCAGGGAUGGUWACAGAGAGGGUGACCUCUCUCUCACCAUCACCGAUGUACGCUCGUCUGACCAGGGAACCUACCUGUGCUUCUUCAACCGGGAUAGUGACCCAGGAUAUCCACAUGGAGUCACUCUCACUGUCAAAGAAAAGCAAUUGGAGCCUGCAAUGAUUGAUAGUGAAAGGAGUAGAGUACCAGUGAUAGGAAUAAUAAUUCUACUUCUGUCAAUCAUUUGUGUGCUGGCGAUGCACAAGAKAAACAGGAGACAGCCAACAGAGGACUACACAGUCACUAGAACAGAGGACAACACGAUGAUUAACGUAGCAUCACCACCACAUCUCUCCAUCGAGGAACUUCCUGUUCCAGUUCAGGAUAGCCAACCGCUGCCAGGAGUCCGAAGAAUCCAGAGUUGUUGUGAUGAUCAUCUUGAUGAGACCACGUGCCCUGAGGGGAUGGAUGAACGCACAGAGGAAGAGGAGGAGCUCCAUCUCCCUGUUGCUGAACGUGGGACACUGCUAGAGCAGAGAAGAGUAAACACAGGGAGUUGAGUUAUGUAUGAAGGUAGUCUGUUUUGGUUGACAACUUCUUUUGUUUGUAAAAUGUUGGAUGAAUUGUCUAUGUUCACUGAAGUGGAUGUGGAUGUCUUCCUAUCAUAGUUUACUGUUUGAAUCGGUAGCCAAUGACUGUAGCUUGAUUGGCUUGGAUCAAAUGAUACAGGGUUUGUUUUGUCUAUGGCCCAGUCUUUGCUGAUGUCCUGCCUAGUCUUCCAGCCUCACUGGUGGCUUAAAUUGUUUUCCCUGUGGACUCAUUUUUAAGGCCAGCAAUUUUACACCAGCAUAAGCAUUUUAUAGGGGGGGGGGGGGGAUAUAAAGGAGGUUCCUUUAAGUGUGUGGAUAUGAAAGGGAAGCUGGUAGGGUAAAAGGAGGAAUAAUAAUCUCUUUGGUGGUGGUGCUACUGAUAUGUAACUGAAAGGUUUGCUAGUCAAAUCAACGUCACAUCUAAUCUGGCCUUGCUUGAUAUCUCAGGGGAUACACAGUACAUGUAAUACACAAUACCCCCACAAGGAGCAUACGUACACCAUCAUUUUUUAAUGUGAACUGUGAAUAUUUUUGGGUCAGUGAUCCCUACCCUAAAUCCUAACCUUAAACCACAAGCAAUACCUUAAUCCUUACAUUAACUAUUUUACAUUUCAACUUCUGUGGGGUAGGCACGUCCCAAGGAUCCUCAGAAACAGAUUAAUGUAUUAUUAUAAUAUAUUACAUGAUAUGUAAUAAAUAUAUGCAUUUGCUAAAUGAUAUAAAGAAUGGUUGCUAUA